AUGGCGCAGAAAAAGAGGGUCAGAAAUUUCAUUUGCAUUCUCAAAGACAAAGCCUCAGUUUUCGCAGCAUCGCUAUCCCUCAGACGCCACGUGUCUACUGUUCGCGUCUCCAUCCUCCGUGCCACCACCCACAGCCUCUCAACUCCUCCGUCGGAGGCCCGAAUCCUCGCCGUCUUUUCCGUGGCCAGCAGCGGCUCUCACCUUCUACCGCGUGCCUGCAUCAACGCUCUCAUCGACCGACUUCACCGCACACGCAGCGCCGCGGUGGCCCUCAAAUGCCUCCUCACAUUACACAACGUCAUCGUCCGGGGACCUCUCACUCUCAGGGACCACCUCGCUUGUUACCCUUCCUAUGAUGGCCAGAAUAUCCUCAACCUCUCCGCCUUUCGCGACGACUCCGACGUCGAAUCCUUGGAAUUGUCGUCUUGGGUUCGAUGGUACGCUGGUGUUCUAGAACAGAGUCUAUGGGUUUCUAGAGUCUUGGGUUACUACUUGAGCUCAUCUUCGAGCAUCAACGUCAAGAAUGCCAAGAAAGGCACGCAUGAUAGGAAGACUUUGGGGCUGUCUAAUUCGGAAUUGUUUCAUAAAAUAGAUGUUCUUGUAGGUUUUGUAGAGCAGAUAAGUCGAGUGCCAGAGUCAUUACAGCUUCAGAGGAACGAUUUGGUUUAUGAAAUGGUGAGAUUAGUGGGUGAAGAUUAUAGAAUUAUUCAAUAUGAAAUUUUCUUGAGGGUAGAAGAACUGCGGGACAGGGUGGAGGAUUUGGAGGUGGGCGAGAUGGCAGAGUUGGUGCGUGAUUUUACAAGAUUGCAGGACAGCAAGGAAGGAUUGGUACUAUUGUUUGUGAACAGGAAAAGAAAUGACGGCUUCUGGGAGUUAAUUGAGCAGACAAAGACGAAGGUGGCGACGAAGAAGGAGGAGAGAGAAGGGAGGUGGCUGACGGUGAAGCCGAGCAGGAGAGACGAGGCGAGCGAGUUGACUCGGUCUAACAACCCGUUUCUAGAAGCGGGACAAUGGAUUCGGGUUCCUGCGACCCAGUUGCCUCGAAUGGUUCCAACGGUCGGAUAA